UCGACUCCUCUGCCUCAUCCGAUUUCUUAUCCCUUCCACUCCACCGCCUCGCAACACCACCAGCCCACUUUCCCAUGGCGACGGCGCUCACCAUGCUCAUCCCCUCUUCCCCUUCCCUCGCCCCGGUCAAGCUUUCCUCCUCCGCCGCCUUCUUCGGCCCCACCAAGGCUGUGGCCGCAGUGCGCCCGCGCAGAGCCGGCGCGGCCGUCGCCGUGGUGCGCGCCUCGUGGAAGGAGAAGGCCCUGGCGGUGGCAGCUGCCGCUCUGGUGGUGGCUCUUCCGGAGGUGGCGGAGGCGGCGCAGCCUGGGUUCUCCCCCUCGCUGAAGAACUUCCUGCUCAGCAUCGUCUCCGGCGGCGUCGUCCUCGCGGCAAUAGGAGGCGCCGUCAUCGCCGUGUCCAACUUUGAUCCGGUGAAACGCACUUAAUUAAUUAGAUUGAGAUGAUGAAGGACUCAACGCCUCCUUACGAAUGAUCAAUCUUUGUGAUAUGUAUGCUGUACUCUGUUCCUUCUCCUCGCUUAAUAUGUUCUUUCUUGUAUGAAUUAUUAUAAUAAAAGUUUCAUAAAUUUUAAAGCA